GUCAUCACAGUCGACAGCCAAAAGCGUCCCCAAACCUGAAACAAGCAAAAUGGCGAUGGCGAGCCUUCAGAGACUUCGUCACUCCCAAAUCCACCACCGCCUGCCUUCGCUCUCCUUCAUCUCCAGAUCCUCCGCCUCCUCUGCAUCCCCAUCCCCAUCCGCGCCCACCCACUCGGCAAAAGUCUCCGAUCGAAUUGUGAAGCUCUUCGCGAUCGACGUCGACGGGCGCAAGCGCGAGGUGGUGGGCCUAUCGGGCCACACUCUGCUCCGGGCCCUAGCCCAAGGCGGCCUGAUCGACCCGGCCUCCCACCGGCUCGAGGAUAUCGACGCCUGCUCGGCCGAAUGCGAGGUCAAUAUCGCGCAGGAAUGGUUCGAAAAGCUCCCACCACGGUCCUACGACGAAGAGUACGUGCUCAAGAGGAACUCUAGGGCUAGGGUUCUCAACAAGCACUCCAGGCUCGGAUGCCAGGUCGUCCUCACUCCUGAGCUUCAAGGUAUGGUCGUCGCUGUUCCCGAGCCCAAACCCUGGGACAUCCCAUAAGAUUAGGGUCUUGAAAGACUAGGGCUUUAUUCUGCUUUUGGAUAAUAAUAAUGCGAUUGUCUGGCUCAGGUGGAAAUUUGGAACCAGUUUUUUAUGUUGUGAUGAAAUGUUUUCGAUUCUGUGUAAGAAUUAAGAGAAUUGUUGCUCAAUUUCAUGAUUUGAUUAUGUUGGAAUGUUGAAUUGUUUAUUGUGAUG